UGUGGUGUCCUGUUGCUCCGGCUCGGUUUCCAUUAGCUGUGAGCAGGAGAUGGUCAGUGGAGCCCAGGGGCAGGGUUUGGGUUUUAUUGAGGAAAAGGCCGCUGUAAAAACGGUGGCAGAGAGACAGUAAUACCAAAGAGACGGCUGGGAAUAAUGCUUCGUCGGUCGUAGGCGGUGUGAAAUGGCCAUUAGGGAGCUGAAAGUGUGUCUUCUGGGGGACACAGGAGUUGGGAAGUCAAGUAUUGUCUGUAGAUUCGUCCAGGACCACUUUGACCACAACAUAAGUCCGACCAUUGGUGCAUCAUUUUUAACCAAGACUGUCCCCUGCGGCAAUGAGCUUCACAAGUUCCUGAUCUGGGACACGGCUGGGCAGGAGCGGUUUCACUCAUUGGCCCCCAUGUACUACAGAGGAUCUGCUGCUGCGGUCAUUGUUUAUGAUAUAACCAAACUGGACUCUUUCCAGACCCUGAAAAAGUGGGUGAAGGAGCUGAAGGAGCAUGGUCCAGAGGAUAUCGUGGUGGCAAUAGCAGGAAAUAAGAAUGACCUGGGUGAUAUACGGGAAGUCCCCACAAAAGAGGCAAAGGAGUUUGCCGAGUCAAUUGCAGCGAUAUUCAUUGAAACCAGCGCUAGAAAUGCUGUCAACGUUGAGGAACUCUUUCAAAAGAUCAGUCGGCAGAUCCCUCCAUUGGAGAACGCAGAAGUGGACAGCAACGAGUCAUUCAAGAUCACACGCCCGCCACCUGCGUCAUCUAGACGGUGCUGUUAGAGAUGUGGGACCUAUUACUGCUUCGUCAUUGCCAGAUGUUUGAGUCAGCUUCAUAACCCUCAUAACCUAUAACAUGACAUUAACCCGAUUUCAGCGUUAACAUUACAAAAAUCAAAAAAGUGAAGAGAUUAAUUUUAACACACAAGCGGUAAGCAUACUGUAGUACAUUAGUACUACAAUCAGUAUAGUUUAAAGAAUUGAGCUUCGUGACAAAUGAAGUGGAUGGAACAUUUUCUCCUGCAUUCAGUGCAGAACAAUGGAACAGAGUUAGCUGGCUAACUCUAUAGGACAGCUCAGAGGAAUAGAAGUGUCAGUUAAAGCAGGGGUGUCAAACUCCAGGUGCUGAAAGUAGAGGCGUUCAACAAAUUUUGUGGCCGAAAUGCAGUCUGUGGGCCCCAUUUCCCAUCACUCAGAAAUGUUCAAAUCUAUUUUGAGAGUGUAGAGUAUGACCAAAUUAUACCCUCUAUGUUCAAAUCUAGUGAAGGUCCUGGCGACAAGGUUUUUGUCACAACAAGGGGGGACUGUCAGAGAUGAGUGAUUGAUUUCAGUAUUUUUUUGGAUGCCAAUUAUUUUGCCAGUAUUUUUUUAGUUAUGACACUAAUGAUUUACAAAUAUAAACUUUCUAUACCAAAGCUAUUUUUUUUUGUCAGGCUGAAUCUCCACCCUCCAUGUUUGUGGUUAUUUGUCUGCAUGUCCAGUGAGUAUUCAAGUGUGCCCAGUUUCUCAAAUGUGCAAAAAAACACUAAACACUCACUGAAGGCACACUAAAUGCACCCUUUGGCAAUCCUUUUAAUAUAUAAUGUAUUCUUGUGGGGCAUCUACUUAUGGAUGUCCCACAAAAAUACAUUAUAUAUCUGCACAAUUGCAGUCUUAAUGAAUGAAUGCAUGUUUUUGCUAAAUUUGGAAAUGUCACACCAGUACAUUUUUUUUCCUGUCUAAUUUAGCUGUGACCAGUUCUACCAGCCAAUAAGGCCUCCCCUCACACGAUGCUACCAAGCUGGGAGGGUGGACGCUAACAUUUAUUCUCCUGUUCAAAAUUGAGUCGAUUGUUCAAACAGCCGCGAACGUAGUGAGAUCGAGCAGACUUGGAGAACACUACCUGCCAAUUCUGUUACAUCAGCUAAUAGAUGGCUGCUAUCUGCAUAAAUGCUGACCUACAGUUGUGAUCAAAUUUAUUCAACCCCCACUGAAAUAAAGUGUUUUGGCCAGUUUGACAUUGAUUUUGAUCAUUUCAGUCAUCUUAUUUACAAUUAUAUCAAAGAGGCACUUAUAAAUUAGACAAAUAUAACAUUUAUGAUGAAAUAACCACAAAUGUCUUUUCUGUGCUCACAUCAUUAUCAGUUUUAUUCAACCCCCUACUGACAUUAUUUUUUAGUACUUAGUACAACAUUCUUUUCCAGUUAUGACAUCUUUCAAGUGUGAAACAUAGCUUGACACAAGUGUCUUGCAGCGACCUAUGGGUAUCUUAGCCCAUUCUUCAUGGGCAAAAGCCUCCAGUUCAGUCACAUUCUUAGGCUUGCGCGCUGCAACUGCCUUCUUUAGGUCCCACCAGAGGUUCUCAAUUGGAUUUAAGUCUGGUGACUGCGAUGGCCACUCUAGAAUGUUCCAGCCUUUCAUCUUCAACCAUGCUCUAGUGGACUUGGAUGUGUGCUUCGGAUCAUUGUCCUGUUGGAAAGUCCAAUGUCUCCCAAGCCGCAGGUUUGUGACUGACUCCAUCACAUUUUCCUCCAAGAUCUCCUGGUACUGAAGGGAAUUCAUGGUACCCUGCACACGUUGAAGCUUUCCUGUACCAUUAGAAGCAAAACAGCCCCAAAGCACAACUGACCCCCCGCCAUGCUUCACAGUAGGCAAGGUGUUCUUUUGUUCAUAAGCCUGGUUCUUCCUCCUCCAAACAUAGCGCUGGUCCAUUGGCCCAAACAGUUCUAAUUUAGAUUCAUCUGACCACAGUACACUGUCCCAAAACUUUUGUGGCUUGUCCACAUGACUUUUGGCAUACUGCAGUCGACUUUUCUUGUUCUUUGGAGUCAGCAAGGGGGUGCGCCUGGGAGUUCUGGCAUGGAGGUCUUCGUUAUGCAGUGCGCGCCUUAUUGUCUGACCUGAAACUUUGGUGCCCACAUCUGACAGGUCUUUUUUCAGUUCCUUAGCAGUCACGCGGGGAUUUUUCUCCACAUUACACUUCAGGGAGCGCACAGCAGUCGCGGUCAGGAUCUUCUUUCUGCCACGACCAGGUAGCGUUUCCACUGUGCACUUUAACUUGCGAAUGAUACUUCCGAUAGUGUCUCUUGGAAUAUUUAACAACUUCGCAAUCUUCUUAUAUCCAUUACCAUUCUUGUGAAGAGAAAUAACCUCUUCUCGUGUCUUCUGGGACCCUUCUCUUGCCUUCACCAUGCUUGUAAACACACCCGUAGAUGUCUAGAAGGAGCUGAGUAUCACAGUCCUUUUAAAUCUGCCUAAUUGGUGCUUAUUAUGCUUGAUUGCGGCUCGUUGACAUCCACAGGUGGUUUUAAUACCUGAUUGAACUGGAAUGAACCUCUGUUCUUAAGAGUGGUAGUCGUAAAGGGGUUGAAUAAUUGUGUCAAUGAAGAAAUCACAAAAAGGCCAUUUAAUACUUUAUGACAAAAACAAUUGAUGCUAUUUUAGUUGCAUUUAGUUCUUUAACAAGUCCUUGUAAGAUUUAAUUAUGAACGCAAUUACAAAUGUGCACUGAAUUCCAUAAAACCCUUCACAGCAUUGGGGGUUGAAUAAAUUUGAUCACAACUGUAUAAACCUGAUCUUAUAGCCAAGCUAAUGUUUCAAAAACAUACAUUAAAGCUUUCUAAAUAAGAACUUUCCUCUUAAAACCCACUCAUGCUGUUUGCACAAAGAUUCUGACAUUCUCCAGUGUUUUCUUAUUUGAGAUUGUGCAGUUUAAGAACACAUCAUGAAUCUGAUGUAGAUUUUUUCUUAGGACUCUUCUCAAGAGCAAAUUUAAGAAAAAACAUAGAUAUUGGUGAAUGAGGCCCAACGUUCUGGCUACUACACAUGCGCAUAUCUCCACAAUAAAGGGGCUUUUCAAACUAAUGCCUUAUAUUAUAUUAUAGGUAUUGGCUCCUUUAUUAAAGGGUGGUACUUCCUAUAAUACGUUCCCAUGUUUUAUAAGAUAUCUUGUUUAUAUUUCAACCAGUGAGCUGUUUCCUCCUCUGAAUUUAGGCUUGUUUGACUUAACAUAAUGCAGAUCAAUUGUCUCCUAGCUCGGGAGUUUUUGCAUUACAGUAUUUUUUGUUUUUUUUUUUGUCCAAUUUGCAUCGCCACCACUGGUGUGUCAUAACAGAGUAUUUGUCCUAAUAAUCUUCAUGGGAGUGAAGCAGCUGCAGUUUUCAGAGCUUAGUCCCCAUUGACUGAAUGCUUCACCCACAGCCAUGUAGACACAAAUGGUGGCCACCUUGUGUUUCUCUAGUUAUAUCAAAAACAUGACAAAAAAAAAAACAGUAGACAGCGUCCAAGAGUGGGUCCUCAGUGAAUGAGGGUGAAUGUGAAUAGCUAGAAAUGGAUUUCAAACUUGUUUGUCACCGUUCUCACCUUCUUUUAAUUUUAUUAAGUGGAAGGAUACAUUCCAUUACAAAAUCAAAAAACUGUAUCUUUCUGUUUUUCUACAGCAAAUAGAUUUUUGUUUGUAGAAUGCUCAUUGGUUAGAGAGGCGAUCAGCUCAUUGUCAGAGUAAAGCAGUUUGUGCUCACUGAUGUCAUGAACAAACAUAGGGCACUGUGAGAGAGCCUUAUAACUAGAGUUCAGAAGCACUCAAAAAAGUAACAGCGGUGUUUAAGUAGUAUUUGCUGUUCAAUUUUCAGAAAAUUCAAACCACGCUCUAUAAGAGCCCAUUCAUUUUGUACUUGCCUGAGAGUGUUCUGUAUCAUUUUAAUUGCUCUCUCCUCGACUCCUCUGCCAGCUACAACUGGCUGCUCUCACUGACCACCAAGGUGUGGCACACUUCUUCUCAAACAGUCCAAUGUCUCUGCUUUCACUAUUCCCCCAGCUGUGAUCUGUGAUGUCCUUGACUAAAAGGCCACAGUACUUCAGAAUUUAGUGGGGACCAUGAUUUAAUACACUCGAUUCUACAGCUAGUUUCCAAACAACUAAUUAAUUCCAUUGAGUGUUAGUAAUAAACAUUAAAUUCUGCUGUUGUGGCCCUCCAGGACCUGGUUUUGACACCCCUGCUCUUGAUCUCUAUCAACAGUCCUGGUCUAGUUUUAGCUCUGGUGUCUGAUCAGCACAACAGGUUCCUUAAAACAAGGACCUGCCCAAUAUGGCGCGUUUUUUUUUUCCAUUUAGUGUCUGAAAAGUAAUGUAAUAUUAAUGCAAUUUUUUGUCUGUUUAGACUGGUUAUAGCCACAGUAUUUUGAACAGGUACUCAUUUACCUCAACUCAGCUACAGUAUCAACUAUAGUAUAAAAAUCAUGCCUAAUUUGUCUAAUGUAAGAGGCCAAGUAGAUUUAAAUAUCACCGUAAGAUUCAAUGUUAGAGCCAGCAUUUUUCAACCUAAUCGCUAUCUGCCUGCAUUUUACUUUAAAUCAAAGCACAGCUAGAUAGAUGAGAUAUUUAUCUGUGGUAAUCAACUUGUAAUCUCACAGAGCCAGACAUUGUUUGGGAGCAACUUUUUAAACCUUUCGUGCUGGAUUCCAGCAACAUAUGCUGUAACCAAGGGUACAUCUCCUGCCCCCAAACCCCUCUAGUCUAUGCUCUUGUAACAUCUGGAGUAGAGUCAGUAACAAGCAAGACAAACUAGCGAGAGAAAUGCUAUCACUAGCUCGCAGCACACCAGCAUGCUUGAUUGGAGGUUUUUGGGGAACUUCUCAGCCAAGCUAAUUCACAUUACAUUCAUGGGCUAACAACAGGGUUCAUUGGACAAUGUAGACAAGCACAUCUUCACCCCUUACAUUGAGCUCUGCCUUCACGAGGCACUUGAUCGGUUUUGUACCUUCUCCUUCAGUUUGCUCCCACCAUAACACUGGCUUCAAGUCCUCCUUUGAAGUUCUUACUUAUGUCUUCAGGGGGUCGUAAAUAUGAUUUGAUAAGUGUUCAACUGGUUUUGGUCGGAAACAAGACGGAUGUGCUGUGAAUAAUGACUUUUUGCUAACUUGUUUUUAUGUCAUCAAAGAGAGUAUUUUGCGUUACUGCAACAACACAAAGAACAGAGGAUUUGUGUUACAUGGUGUCCAGCUGGAAUCAUCACAUCACAUAUGCUAAUAUCCAUUUUUACAAGAGUGAAUGAGAGCACAUUAACUAAAAAGAGUUUAGCCUGCAGUGCUCAUGUGUUACAACUCAAGUACUGUAUCAGUGGCCGCCAUAGCUUUUAAAAUUAAAAUCAGAAAGUUCUGGCUUCAAUAUAGAUUAAUGUCAAAGUAAUUUAGACAUUAAGUACCAUAUUUCCCACACGACUUGAAGGCUGCAUAAAUACGUUCCCACCCAUAUUUAGCUCACAUCUAGCCCUGUGAUUCUUCAAUAGCAACUAUAUGCAGAGAUGUGGCAGAUAGAGAUUAGAAUGGAAAACAUAGGAAUAUUCCUAUUUCCAGCAAUGUUAAUUAACUUGCCAUUUGAUAAUAUGUAAGUAUUGUUCAGUGCUCUGUCAGAAGUAGAUGAUGGAUUAAUGACGUCCUGAUAGGAGUGCAGUGCACAGUCACCUUUUGUGCACACUUAUAUAAUAAUCACUCUUGUUUUAGCGUCUUUUAACAUUCAGUUAGAACCUGCCUCCAAGUUGUGGUAUUUGUUGGUGUGUGUUGAGUUUGGACGUGGCCGUGGCCUUGUGUGAUGCACAUGUAUGAUAUGUAAUAUAGUUUUGUCAGAUGUCAAUACGUUUGCAUGAUUGAAAAGCUUUCAUUCAGCAGCCAUUGUACCAUUUUACACCUUGCGUCUUUCAGCUCUCAUAGGCUAUUCUAAACACUGCCACUAAUACAGGAUUUAGGAUAGGUGUAUCCAAAACAUUUUGAAUUAUUACUAAUCAGUUAAUUGUCUUUAAAAUUGUGGUACUGUAACAGAUGAAUAUGCUAGUAUGUAGAGUAGUUAGUGUUGUACUUUGAAUGUGCCUUAUUAGAAAAGUGCCUUAACACACAGUAUUUACAAGUGUUGUAAAAGUUCAUUUGGCUUUUACGGUGGGUGUGUAGACACCUUAGUGUUCAGGGUCAUUGACGUUAAUAUCAAGCAGUAUUAAAAGAAAAAACUAGAUUCGUUAUCGAUUGCGCUAAAUUUGUAGAUUUGUUUUAGUGUUACCUCCACAAGCUGAAUGUGGCUAUUUAUUGAUUGUCUCUAAGAGUUCAUCCAGGUCCAAAGCACUUUGCUUGGGAAAGAAUACCAUUACAGAGCGACCAACAGGGGGCAGUGCAAGCUUGUGCCUUAAACCUAAAUACGGCAUGUUGUGUCUCUGCAUACGUGUUUCCGUGAAUAAGAAGUCUUUUGCUUCUCUUAAUGCAUCCUUCAGUAUAUUAAUUGUCAGUUAUCACAAAAGCAGCAAAAGGGCAAUGCACAGUCUUUUUUGUGGACUGUUAAUGAAGUAUGUCUUAUUACAUUAAAAUAGUUUUAGCCUAAGAAUACUCCUAAGGCACAAAGCCAUUAGAACCACAGUGUGAAAUGAGAGUAAUUCAGUUUCAGUUGAAUUAGCAAAUUAAUUCUACCAGCCCAGUGAGAUAUGCCGACUGAUUAUAGUAACCACACAAUUAGGCAUUCUUUAGUAAGAUGAAUGCAUUCGUUUUAUAGUAGGAUCCACACAAGAAUAACAUUUUAUCUUAAUUUACAACUUAUCGAGACUAUGUAAUGACCAAUGCAAACAUGUAGAUUAGCUCUUGUUGAUUAUUAAACAGCAUUGCUUAGUAAUACUGCCUAUGCUACCUGCAGCAGCAAUGUCCUCAUUAUUUAGAUAAGUUAUUAACGUCUGAGUUGACCUUCGCCAACCGGAGUAACAUUUUGUAUUUUAAACGAUUUGUUAAUAAAUAUGUAUUUGUACUCUU